AUGUCAAACAUCAUAUCAAACGUUGUCAAACGUCCAGUUUUUGGUCAUAUUGGUCGCCAUAUAAAAGUUAAAACAAACUUUUUCGAAAUAACCACUCUAACUGACUCAAAUAUCCAUUAUUAUGAAGUUUUAAUUACUCCGCAUGUUCAAUCAUCAAUUCUGAAAAGAAGAAUUUUUUCUCAGUUUGAAACCCUACAUGCUGGUGAUAUAAAACUUGUUUUCGAUGGAGCUAAGAACAUGUUUACUACUAGACCUUUACCUUUUGGCGAAAAGGCCACUUACACUAUAUGCCUUACAGAACUUCCAAACACUCUGCGGCCACGUACUUUUGAGAUCAUCAUUAGGAAGGUCAAUGUAAUUAAUAUGAAAGAAAUCCAUAAAUUCCUUAACGGACGAUGCAAAUCAUCGUCGAACAUUUUAACAGGAAUUAUGGCUCUUAAUGUAUUAAUUCGUCAAAAACCAUUCUUGACUUGUAAAGCAAUUGGACGAUUAUUUUAUACCAACCAAAUCUCACAAGCUUGCUUUAGUGGUUUAGAAAUUUGGCAAGGAUAUCGUCAAACCAUAAGGCCUAAGCCUGGAAGUAUGAUGAUAAAUAUUGAUGUGAGCGCAGCUCAUUUUUAUGAAAGUGGCGAUUUGGUUCUUAUGGUUGCAAAGAUACUCGACCGUAAACUUGAUGACCUAAGAAGAGGAAUCACAGAUAGGGAUCGGUUAAUACUUGAAAAGGCUUUGAAAGGUUUAAAGAUUCAUGUUACUCAACGUGGAGAUGGUUCCGAACGCACGUAUAAGAUUAUUAAGUUAACUAACACUUCGGCGUCAAAUACUAGAUUUGAUUUUGAUGGUAGUAGCAUAGACAUUGCUUCAUACUUUCAAAAUACGUUCAACAUGUCUCUACAGUUUCCAUCUCUUCCUUGCGUUGUCACCAGGAUAGAUGUGUCAUUACCAAUGGAAGUCUGUAAAUUAGUUGAGGGACAACAUAUUCGCAGCUUGAACUAUAGGCAAGCAGCAGAUAUGACAAAGUUUACAAUUCAACGACCCAGUGUCCGUGCAAAUAAAAUUAUACAAGGUUUAGAAAUUCUUGAUUAUCGAGAAAACGAGUAUAUGAGACAAUUUGGUUUGAAUGUAUCUGAGGAAAUGGCUGUGGUUCCAGCCAGAGUAUUACCUGCUCCAACUUUACGAUAUCAUCCUUCUUCUCGUGACUCUGCAUUUGUUCCAAGGAACGGGUCAUGGAAUUUAAUUAAUAAAAAGGUUACUACUGGCGUCACACUUGGUUCAUGGUCAUGCGUUGCUUUCGGAAAUUUAGAAAUUCAAGCUAUACAACAUUUUAUCAAAGAAUUGAUUGAUACAUGUCAGAACAUUGGAAUAGUAUUCCCUAAUAAAAAUCCACCAAUUAUGCGAGGUAAUCCUCUAGGUAACAUUGAACAAACCUUGAAGCAAGCCUGGAUUAAAGCUGGUAAUGUAGCCAGAUCACCACCUCAGUUAAUUUUAUGCAUCCUUCCUAACUCCGGCGCACCGUUAUAUGCCGAAAUCAAACGUGUGUGUGAUACAGUAAUUGGUGUUGCUACUCAAUGCGCUCAAGUCAAGCAUGUUCAUCGAGCAAAAAAACAAUAUUGCGCCAAUUUAUGUCUUAAAAUGAAUGUUAAACUUGGUGGUAUGAAUUCAUUCAUUGAACCGAACCAAAUGAAAUUUGUUUCGGAACGCCCGACAAUCAUAAUGGGUGCACAUCGUACUCCUGGUGGUGAUGAAACUUGCCCAUCCAUUGCUGCUCUAUGCGCUUCAAUGGAUGCAAAAGCAUAUCGCUAUGCCGCUACUACUCGCGUCCAAACAGGUAAACCAGUAAUCAUCUCUGACUUGGUAGAUAUGGUAAAGGAGCUAUUGAAAACCUUCUACCAGACAUGUGGAAGGAGUCCAGAACGUAUAUUGUUCUAUCGACAUGGUGUUUCGGAUGGUCAAUUUCAUCAAAUGUUUUUUGAAGUCAAAGCAAUAAGAGAUGCAUGUUCAUCACUUAAUGUGAAUUAUAGGCCAACCAUAACCUAUGUAGUUGUUCAGAAAGGUCAUCACACUCGCUUUUUUCCUAUGGCUAAGCGACACUCAGAUAGGGCAGGAAACUGUCUUGUUGGUACGGUUGUUGAAUCAACAAUAACUCCUUUCGAAUUCGACUUUUAUCUUCAGAGUCACGCUGCAACGCAAGGAACUUCACUUCCAACACAUUAUUACGUAUUGCAUGAUGAAAACAAAUUUGAUCCAGAUUCACUUCAAACCUUGUCAUACAACUUAUGUUAUUCAAAUGUGCGAUGCACACGUGCUAUUUCUAUAGUCCCACCAGUAUAUUAUGCACAUUUAGUUUGUUCUAGGGCCAGGUUUCAUUCGCGAGGUGAAAAUUGGAACGAUAGAGAUUCAGAAUGUCUUGGUUUUGCAACUGAUGUCAAGGUGAAACCCGAUUUGCAAAAAGUUAUGUACUUUAUGUAG